AUGGAUUGUGAUAUAGCCUCUUAUCAUGUGGACUCGUUCAAUUACCUUGCCGAGGAAGGUGUUCAUCUUGCUGCACUAUCUGUUCCUACGGAGAAGUUUCGCCUUCCUUCCGGAGAGGCUGUUGAACUUAGGUUUACUGGUGCUUCCUCUGAAAGAAAAUACUGUGACAAAUCAAAUUAUGCUGCCAUUGAUCAACUCCGGAUACUCCCUUCAGAGUGCCGACAAAGAGGGCUGACGUAUGCAGGAAAUUUGCGAGUUGGAUUGGAGAUCAAAGUCAAUGGACAAAGGAUUGACGUACUGGAAACGGUGAUUGGAAGAGUACCCGUAAUGCUCAAGUCAACAGUAUGUCACCUGAGCAAAAUGAAUAGGAAAGAACUAUUGAAGGCCGGCGAAGAAGCAACGGAAAAAGGCGGAUACUUCAUCUGUAAAGGGAGCGAAAAAGUGAUUCGUUUACUGAUCGCAAAUCGACGGAAUUUUCCCAUUGCGCUGUGCAGGAAGUCAUUUCGUGAAAAGGGGCUUUUAUUCACUGAAUACGGAGUGAUGAUGCGAUGCGUGAAAGAUAAUCACACUGCUGUGAUGAUGACUAUCCAUUACCUUGAAUCAGGAACUAUACAAGUCGCCUUGCAAUAUCGUCGAGAAAUAUUCUAUUUGCCGUUUAUGUAUAUUUUGAAAGCCUUGGUUGACAAGAAUGACGCUUUGAUAGCUGCUGAGUUGAAACGAGGACGAAGUGAGGAUGCAUUUUUCUCGUCCUGUAUGAUGAAUAUGCUUUCACAGUGUCAAAAUGAGGGUGUCAUGAAUCGCGAGGAUGCUUUGCGAGCAAUCGGAGCACGCUUCCGAGUCGCAGUUGCUGAUCGCAUUGCUCCGUGGGAGGAUAGCGAGAUAACAGGCCGCUUUAUUAUUGACUCAUGCGUUGCGGUGCAUUUGGAUGACUGGGACGAAAAGUUUUGCCUGCUCGUUUAUAUGGCUCAGAAGCUCUUCGCCCUCAUCAAGGGAGAGUGCGCCCCAGAAACGCCGGAUAAUCCACAAUUCCAGGAAGCAGCCGUUUCUGGUCACAUUAUUCUGUUGAUCAUUCGAGAACGAAUGGAAAAUAUUCUUGGUAUAGCCCGCCGAAAAUUGGAAUAUAACGCAAAGCGUAAAAAAGACAUUUUGAAAUCGCAUUUCAAUGUGGCUGCUUUUCAAUUAGUAUUUAUAUUUAGGAAUGAAGUUCUUCGAGCUCUCAGCACGAGUAAUGCGGAAAUAACGAGAGGUCUCGAGUACUUCCUCGCAACUGGUAACCUCAUAACCAAAAUAGGGUUAUCUUUGCAGCAGGAAACGGGAUUCUCUGUAAUAGCUGAGAGGAUAAAUCAACUUCGCUUUGUGUCACAUUUCAGAGCUAUCCACAGAGGAGCAUUUUUCACUGAAAUGCGAACUACUGAUGUACGUAAACUACGCCCAGAAGCAUGGGGUUUCAUUUGCCCUGUUCAUACUCCUGAUGGUGCUCCUUGUGGUCUUUUGAAUCACUUAACUGCUUCCUGCCGGAUCGUUACUCACUACUCUGACUUAAGGGAACUGCCAGCCUUCUUGGUAGAUAUGGGAAUGAUCUCAUUCAAAUCGAUUGCGAUUGCAUCCUCCACUGAAAAGUAUUAUCCCGUCCUGCUCGAUGGUCGUUUUAUUGGCUAUAUUCCUGUAAAGAAAGCCACAAACAUAGAACGGCAACUGCGCUGCGUCAAGACAGAUCUCAACGAUUCCAGGGUACCAUGUGUUGCUGAGAUAGCCUUAGUUCAUCAGUCGAUAGACAUGAAGAACAUACAGACGCAAUAUCCCGGUUUGUACAUACUUUCCGAUCCUGCUCGACUGAUUCGUCCUGUGCGAAAUCUCAUGACCAAUUCAACAGAGUUUAUUGGAACAUUCGAACAGGUUUAUUUAUCUAUAGUCAUUGAUCCUUCGGAAGCAGAGCCUGGCGUUACUAUCCAUCAAGAACUUCAUCCGAGUUGUUUGUUUUCGUUCGCUGGGAACCUCAUCCCUUUUCCUGAUCAUAAUCAGUCUCCUCGGAACGUUUAUCAAUGUCAAAUGGGAAAGCAAACUAUGGGGACCGCAGUACACGCUUGGCAUACGAGAGCAGACAAUAAAAUGUAUCGACUUCAGUUUCCUCAGAACCCUCUGCUCAAACUGGAAGCGUACGAACGUUAUGAAAUGGAUGAAUAUCCGUCGGGAACUAACGCAUGUGUCGCUGUUAUUUCUUACACCGGGUACGAUAUGGAAGACGCUAUGGUAAUUAACAAGUCAUCUUUUCAACGCGGUUUUGCACACGGGACAGUUAUCAAAGUUGAAAGAAUCAACUUGGUUACGACUACCGAAAAGAAAACUUUGUUUCGUAUGGAUCCCAAAAGUCCUUUUGAUACAGUUGGUUGUGACGGUCUUCCAAUUCCAGGACGGCGCUAUUUCGAAGGCGAUGUAUACUACGUUACCUACAAUCAAGAUACAGGAUUACAUCAGUCACACAAAUUUCAUUAUGCUGAACCUGCUUAUUGUGGCAUUGUACGCCUUGUCCACCAAGACAAUGCCGAGGAAGGCGCAAGGCAUGCCUUAAUUCAAUGGCGCAUAGAAAGGAACCCAAUUAUUGGCGACAAGUUCGCUUCCAGACAUGGUCAGAAAGGAAUUAAUUCAUUCCUGUGGCCUGUGGAGAAUCUGCCGUUCAGUGAAAGUGGAAUGGUUCCAGAUAUCAUAUUCAAUCCCCACGGUUUUCCCAGUCGAAUGACUAUAGGUAUGAUGAUUGAAAGCAUGGCAGGAAAAGCUGCGGCCAUGCAUGGCGAAGUUUAUGAUGCAUCUCCAUUUGUUUUUAAUGAAAAGCGAACAGCAAUUGAUCACUUUGGAGAACUACUAGCUAAAGCUGGUUUUAACUAUCACGGAAAUGAAACCUUCUAUUCUGGUGUAGAUGGAAGGCAACUUGAGGUCCUGUUUCUCUUUGAUCUCUGGUCUUUUUUCAAUGAAUUUCGAUUUUUAGGUACAAAUAUUUUUCGGUCAACCGGCCCUAUUGACCCCAUCACUCAUCAACCUGUUAAAGGACGUAAAAAAGGUGGCGGUAUUCGAUUCGGAGAGAUGGAACGGGAUGCUAUCAUUGCUCAUGGAACGGCUUUCGUUUUGCAGGAUCGAUUGCUGAACUGCUCAGAUCGCGACGUCGCAUAUGCAUGUCGCCGUUGUGGAUCUAUUUUGUCAGUACUCAUGGAUACUAAAACUAAAGCUGCAGCUUUAAAAUCUCGAAAGGUGUAUGAUUACACUGAAAAGCAAAUAUGUAGGAAUUGUGGAAAAGAUGAUCAAGUCUACCUCGUGCAGGUACCUCGUGUAUUUCGGUAUUUGACAGCAGAACUGGCCGCAAUGAAUAUAAAAAUCCAUCUUGGAAUCACAGAUUUCACUAAAGUCACCAGAACGUAG